AUGUAAGAAAAGCCUAAUCAAUAAUAAUAAGACAAUGUUCAAAAUACAAUCAAAUCAUUAUAAGAUAAAAUCUAAAAUAUUGAGAAUUUGAUAGAAAGGGGAAGUGAUUGUAUUAUUAUAUAGUAUGGAUCACAUAGUAUAAAAAUGAAUAAAGCAAGCGGUAAUUAGUUUAUUUAUAUUUUAUAUAGAGAUGCUUCCUAAAAAAUUCAGAAAUUUAAUUGGCUAUAAAGUAUAAUCAUAACCAAAAUAAAGUUAAUCAACAGAUCUUACUGUGAUUGAUGAAAGUCUUUUAUUAUUGGAACAAAAACUUAUUUAGAAAUGUGCAUUAAAAGCAUAACCUAAAAGUAUGCGUGGAAAGCCAAGAGCAAAGAUUGAAGUAGAUUUACGUAACAUUAGAGGAUUUGUAGGCAAAAAGGAAUAAAAAUAACCAUAAUGCAUUCUUGCUUAGAUGAUUGAAGAUAAAUCUGUUGUAUUUGAGGAUGAUAUUUUUACAGGGGAAUAUUUAGUAAGAUAACCAAUUAAACAUGGAUUUUUCAAUUUAACAGAUAAUUACAGUAUAUAAGAUGUGAUAGAGGAUCUAUAUAAAUUAACAUUAUAUGGAUUGAGUUGUAAAUUGGAAGUGAAGAAUGUCUCUGAUUAUUAUUGUAUUUUAGUUAUUCCUGACAUUUUUCAAAGAAUUUAAGUGAAAAUGUUAGUAGAUAUGUUAAUAAGAUAAUUGGGAUUUAAAGGAAUCUAUUUACAUUUAGAAUCUGUAUUAUCUAGUUUUGGUGCUAAUCUUUAAUAAUGUUGUGUUGUAGAUAUUGGAUAUGAGAAAAUAAAUAUAACAUGUGUAGAUGAUGGAGUUAUUUUACCAGGAACAUAUGUAAGAAAGAAUUUUGGUAGUAAAGAUAUUGAUUUAGUAUUGAUGAGAUAAAUUACUAAAAGAAAUGCUUGUGAUUAAACAGUUCAAUUAUAAAGUAAUAAUUAUGGAGAUCUACUCUAAAUGGAAAAACUUAAAGAAAAGGCUUGUUAAUUAACUUAAAAAGAAGAUAAACUCAAUUAUAAUUAUGAACUUCAUUGUUUAAGAAAUCAAAAGGAAAAGAGAUUCUUUGUUUAGCAUAAUGAUGGAUUAUAUAUAUCUGCAAAUACACUAUUUGAAUCUGAACCAUUUAAUGAAAUUAGAAAGUAAGAUAUGCAUGAAUGUUUUGAUUUUACAGGACGUCUAUUUGAGAUGUAAUAUGAUCCAGAAGACAAUUUCGAAGAACUCAGUGGAGGUAUAUAAUUAUGUUGGUAUUGGGGUUCUAAAGAAAAAGAAUAAUAAUAUUUCAUAGAAGGAAAUCAAAUGUUAAAUCCUAAUUAUAUGAUCCCUCUAGAUCAUAUGAUUGCUUAUUCUAUUGCCUAAGUAUAAGAUCCAGAAAUAAGACAAAAAUUAGCAAAUAAUAUUCUAUUUACAGGAGGUGGAGCACAUCUUAUUGAUCUUGUAGAUGAAGUAGAAGCUUUAUUGAUUGAGAAAUUCUAAGUGAUGGAAUUAAAUGAAAUUGAAAGAGUGGAAGUUAAAACAAUUAUUAGAGAUGUUAGACCUAUCAAUAUGGCAUGGGUUGGAGCAACUGUAUUACCUAAAACAGAAAGUGUUAGUGAAUUAUGGAUUACAGCUGCUAGAUGGUUAGGUAAUUUAGAACCUCAAAAAGAUGAAUUGGAAGAUAUGAUUAAUUAAUUUGAUGGAGAUGUUUAAUAAUUAGAAAAAAAAUUAAUUGCUUUUGCCAAAAAAGACAAAGAAAAAGAUCGUAGUUGUGAAUAUGGACUUAAACAUUUGAAAGAAAAGAUUCCCUUUAUUUGGUGA